AUGUCCCGCUCCCGUAACUCAUUCUUCAGCAACUCUUCAGGAACAAAUGAUCAAAAUCAUCCUCUUCUGUCAAGCGUAUAUGAUCCGCAUAAUGAUGUUCGUCUGCGAGACCUCUCUUCCCCUUCAGCAUCGAGAGCUACACCAAGUCCACCGCCAGAAUUCUAUAGGGAUAUGAGGUCACCUACUAGUGCGAGUGCGAGAACACUUUCUCCGAGACCAAUCUCGGAAUCGGGAUCUGCGAGUAAAUUUAAAGGGAAUGGGAAGGCGAAGGGAAGGAGAAUACAAUUUGCUGCUCCUCCGCCGCCGAUUGUAGGGAGUGUUGCUGGGUUGGGCAAUAUUGGAAGGAGUUUAGAUGGAAGCGGAAGUUCUCAUUUGAGAGGGAGCGUGGUUCGGGAAGGAAGAGGAGUUGGAAUAUUGAAAAGUGUGGGGAGUGCUGUGGGAAGCUCGGCACAAAAUGACAGUCUUUUGGGGCUGGAAAGGAGAGAACGAGCUUUGCAGGCGGAAUUACAAAUGUUGCUAGAUGCGCAGAGUGAGGGUUUGAUGCAAGGAUUCGGUGGAGGUGGUAAUAGAGAAGAGCACAGUGGAAGUAGCACGCCCACGACAAGGUCAUUACAACGGGAUAGAGAUAGGCAGGGAGGUAGAAGUACAGAAGGAGCUCAUGUGCGUACAAUUCCUGUUCGACAACCAAAAAGAAAAUCGAUCGGACUAAGAGGAUCCAGAAAAGGAUUGUUAAGGAACAUGGGUCUGUUGGCAGAUGUUAAAGUUGAGGAAGAUGAAUUGUUGACAGAAGAAAUCAAGAGGAGAGAAAUGUGUAUUGCAAAGACAAAAGAUUGGAAAAUCAGAAUCGACGAGGUUAAGAGAGAAAUUGGCGAAUUCGUCUCAGCAGACAUAACAAAUAAUAGAGUCUCUUCACCGAAUGAAGAAAGUCAUCAAUCUCCUCAUGCAAACAAAUCCGAAGAAGAUCGAGAGAUAGCCGAACUACGGACUGAAGAGCGGGCUGUCGAAAACGAAAUCCGAGAGACGGAAGAUAGAUUGUUACAAAUGAAAGCCAGGCGGAGCUGGCUGGCAGACCGGAUUAAUGAGAGAGUUAAUCAGAGAGAAUCGCGAUUGUCUAGCUAUCGUGGUGCUUUGAGGGAAGUGGAAUCAGAAGUCCAGGAAUUCUUGACGAGACCGCCGGCUAUGGUAUCAAUUAGUAUGGGGAAUGAAGAAGGAUUCAUGACACUACCCCCUAAACGACGGACAUUAGAAAUGGCAGAUGAAUGGUGGAGUAAAGAGAUCAAUUCUUUGCAAGCCCGAAAACUAGAGGUGCAAAAGGAAAAAGAAGCACUAGAAGAUGGAGCAAAGCUCUGGGAAGAAUCUGUCAAGACAGUUGUGAACUUCGAGGAUGAAUUGAGAGAGAAUAUGAAGAGUAGCAAAGUGGGUGAUAUCGAGGGAUUCAAGAUGCAAAUUGUAAAAAUGAAGAAGGUGAUAGGGAAGUUGGCUGAAACGGAAAGGAUAGCGGAGAGCAAAGGCUGGAAUCUGUUGGUGGUGGCUGUGGGUGCGGAGUUGCAGGCUUUCAUACAGGGAGAGGAGAUUCUGAGAGACGCGUUGGGGAGUUCGGGUGGGGGGGUUCAUGGCGAUGAUCUUGCUAUUGAGAAGAAGAUAAUAGAGAAAGAUCAUGAUGAGAGAAGUAUCGAUACAGAUAUGGAAGUGAGAACUACGCACUCGGGAGAUGGAGAAUCGGCGACUGAUGAUGAUGGGUUGAGAGAAUUGGAGGCGGAAUUCGCGAGGCAGGAAAGAAGGGAGGGAGGGAUGCUGGGAGAGGGGAGAAUCGGUGGGGAUAGAGUGGGUGGGGAUGGGGAUGCGGAUGUGGAAGAGAGUGAUGAAGAAAAACAUCUGAGGGAGUUGAUGGUGGGGCACAGUAGAGGGGAUGAGGAGACUGAUACGGAUCAUGAGGGGUUUUGA